GGUUUGGAGCACAUUUUCGUUGCGCGCUUGGAGGAGGCGCCAUGCAAUCUUUCGGUGAGUUCAGGAGUCUAGAUUCGCCCCGUUCCGACUCUACGUGCGUCCCUGGCCCUGGAACCUCUCGCUAAAAAUCCCAUCUUUGUGCCAACAAUCCAAGCGGACAGUCAGUAGCUCGACUCGAGAGAGUGAUCUCUAGGAACACUCUUUCAAGUGGCAAUGAAAAUCAGUGAGAAGAGGAAUUUGCUCAAGCGGCUUUCUUUCCGAGAGGCGAAUGACAAGGUCUGUAGUAGAGAUGAUCGUGGGUGGACUAAUCUUCACGUUGCGGCACGUAUGGGUGACCUUGACGAGGUGAAGCGACUUUUGGAGAAUGGAGCUGAUCCAAACGAGCCAUCUUUUGGCCCAAAGGCGCCGGGAACUACACCUCUUCACUUGGCUGCGGCUGGAGGCCACCUAUCUGUGAUCGAUGAGCUUCUCGACAGAGGAGCAAACAUCGACGCUCGGACCAAAGGAGGUGGCUGUGGAUGGACUCCACUUCACAACGCUGCGAAAGAACGCAACAAGAAGGCGAUGCGUUUUCUCUUGAAAAACGGGGCUUUUCUCCCGGACGAUAUCGAUGACGGACGAUUCAAUCCCCCACUCCACUACUGUCCAGGCCUCGAAUGGGCAUACAUGAUGAGAAGCAAGUUCCUAGCCAAGGUUUGAGCUGUGUUUUAGUCUCUUUGAAAGAGUUAAUGGAAUCUAUCCUACCUGGUGUGAAGUAUA